UUGCCAUCUCUUUUCUUCAUUAUUUAUUGGCCAACCACCACAUCUAAAACAAAGUACUCGGAUUCACAACCCAAAAUUUAAGCCUGAAUUAAUCAGCAAUCAGCACUCGAGACGCAAAGCUUUGAUAUCAAGGCUGGAACCAGCAAACGCAGACGCUAGCAAUAACUCAUUUUUGUUCGCUCACUAGCAAGCAACAGCAACCCAACAAACAAACAUAGCAAAAUGAUAAAACUUUUCACGCUGAAGCAACAAAAAAAAGACGGCGACCAAACGGCACGAGGUGGACAGCAAAAGAAGGCAUCAGCUGCGCAGCUACGCAUACAAAAAGAUAUCAAUGAACUGAACCUGCCAAAAACUUGUGCAACGGAGUUUCCAGAUCCCGAUGACUUGCUCAACUUUAAAUUGAUAAUAUCACCUGACGAGGGCUUCUACAGAGAUGGUCGAUUUGUAUUCAAUUUCCGUGUCGGCUCCAAUUACCCGCACGAGCCGCCGAAAGUGAAGUGUGCCACGCAAGUGUAUCAUCCCAACAUCGAUCUGGAGGGCAAUGUGUGCUUAAACAUUUUGCGCGAGGACUGGAAUCCUGUGCUAACCAUCAAUUCCAUUGUCUAUGGCUUGCAGUUUCUGUUUUUGGAACCUAACCCGGAAGAUCCACUUAAUAAAGAGGCCGCUGAUGUGCUGCAAAGUAACCGUCGUCAGUUUGAGUAUAAUGUGAAAAAGGCCAUGCGAGGCGGUUGCGUUGGCGAGACUUUCUUCGAAUGCUGUCUCAAGUGAUAUAGGAAAUCAAAAGAUUUUAAUUUAAGUUACGGCAUCUGUCUGCUACCUGCCCACAUAGUCUUCAUGGCGAUGAUGUCAGCUUACGGUGGAUGCGCUUUUAUUAGUUUUACACAACAACAAAAACACACACACUAACGGAUGCAACGGGCACAAAGGCAACAACAAUACCAGGCAGAUGGGCCGCUGAAGAAUACAACAAAAGCAACAUCAUAAUAAAAUCCAUUGCGAAACAAAAAUAAUAUCAUAUGAACAAGUCCAGUCAUCAAUUAUUUUUAUUGUUUUUGUUUUUUGCAUAAACAUGUUCUGUAACUCGGAAUAGUUGGGAGACAGUUCAAGUUUAUCAUAUAGAAAUCUCUAUAUAUGUAUGUGUAUGUUUCUUUGUUUGUCUUUAAAGCGCUGCAGUACUCCAGAUUGUGAUAUGAUUUCUAUUAAACUCAUCAUUUUACGCUUUUGUG